AUGAGUUCGAUCUCGCACCUUCCUCCAACCGUCAUGGAUGUAGCAGGUAACGCCGGUAUGCAGACCAAUCGAAUCAUAGUCAUCAAUUUUACUAACAAGAAGAAAGAAUUCACACUCAACCUCGUCAUCGGUGCUUGGCUUGAUAGCCUACCCAGCGACAUGGAGUCUACAUCAUCGGUGCACGAUCAACGCGCAGACUUGGACGAGGAGCUGGAGAUAGCGGAGUCGGCCACCACCAACGCCAACCACUUGGCCCGACCUCGACCGUUAUACUUCCCCGCCGAGGCUGUCACUAGAUUGAAAAUUUCAAUCGUGCUUACCGAGGGUGUUCAGGGUGUCUCUAAUUAUGACUUUGACAUCAACUCUGCGAUAGACGAGCUGAUGGAGGACUUGAGAGAGACGAUUGCCACCGUCUUCAACCGCUGGACCGAACCGCAGGCGUCAUACUUUCCCGCCGAGGCUGUCGCUGAGUAUGACUAUCCGACUGUGCCCAUGGCGUACGCAGGAGCUGGGGAAGCUGAGGAAGUCGCUGUUCCUGGAAAUGGCAUCACCUCCGCCAUGGAGGACAUGCGGGAGCUCGACCCAGCUUUCUGGAGCCACCCGGCUGCACCCAUUAACGACGUUCGAGAAUCUCCUGAGGCUGAGGUUCGGGGAUACCAGGUCGUGCCGAUGGGAGAGGCGUCUGCCGAGGGCAUUCAUGAGUAUGUCCUGGACAAUUCUGUUCUUGUGGAGUACAUUCAUGAGCAUGGCUUGGACAGGUUCUUCCAGAACUACCCGGCUUUUAUGGAAGAUGAUGAGGUGGAUGUUGACUGGGGCUACCUAGCUGGUAUCAGGGGCAUGCCCUACAAGGUCAUCAACGAUCGCCUGAGUCAGUGCGAUACGUACACGGCUAAUUCGCUCACUGGCAACGAGAAUUUCAAUUACGAGGAUCGCGAGGGCAGCCGUUUCUUGGGCUACUAUUAG